AAAUUGAAGGCCUUCUGAGAGAUGGAAUAAUUUAUGUCGAGUUCAAGUAUGGCUGGCACUCGCUUUUACCAAAAAAGUUUCAGUUUUUGCAAAAUGAAAAGCUACAAAGGGUAGAAGACUGUUUAAAACAUGGAGCAAACCCAAGCAACAGAGGAGGUCCUGGGGUAACUGCCCUAAUGCUAACGUGUGAGAACCUAAAUGAUCUUUUUGAGGAUUCACCUGCGGCGGAACAGGUGAUGUCGUUACUCUUGGAUCAUGGAGCUGAAGUGAAUCAACAGGAUUUUUAUGGACGUACUGCGCUUCAUUAUGCACUUAAAUCCGGAGCUGAUACUUUUUCAUAUCUUGCUCAAAAACAACGUGUUGUUAAAAUCCUUAUUCAGCACAAUGCAGAAAUUUAUCUAAAAGAUUCGUCUGGGCUUUCCGCCUUUGACAUGGCUAAGCGUCAGCGACACGAAUCAUGGUUAAGAACCGACGAAGCAUCAUUGGCAGGGACAUGCUCAAAGAAAAGAAAGAGAUCGUGCUCCGAAGAAAAUUAA